GAGAGCAGCGCAGUGCGCACAGAAAAAUUGGGUCGAUGCGCGGAAGAUGGCGGCCGUUGCGUGAUGCGCGUAAGAAGGCUCGUACUUUGGUUUUGUCAAAAACAUGAAAGAACCGCGAUAAGGUGCGUUAACACGUGCGAAACGCGAAACCCGUCGUUUGGACCCCGUGAUAAAAGCGGCGCACUCGCGGACUCGCGUCGAUCUUGACCCGUGCGCGAUCGUGGCAGUACUGGCAGUGCAGUUGACGAAUUUGUUUACGAUAAGCGGCAACGAAGAAGCCUGUCUCUUUUGGUUUUUCAGCUGUCGUCGACUCUCGACAUUCGCGCGUGGCGGCGGCGGCGGCGGCGGCGUCGUCGGGCAGGUAUCGCGCAGAUCGCGCUUGCGAGUCGAGUGGAGACUCAACCGACUCGACUGACCAACACAGUGACUGCAGGAGUAAGUACAACACGCAGGCAGCGGGGGAAAAGAAAAGAGGAACACGCAUACACCUGUAACAAACUCGGAUAGAUUCGAAACACUGGAGAUUAAGUGUUGCCGGACUUCGGCCCGGUGAGAAGAACAGUAGAGAUGCUGAAGCAAUUGCAGAUGGGGAUGAGAGCUUUUCUCUUAAUGGCCUCCCGUGUGUGGACCUGCAUCUGCUUUCUACUCAAGAAGCAGGUUAGAGCCAUCUCACAAAUGCAACCAGUCAAAUAUGAAAUCUUCCCGCUUUCACCUUUAUCUAGGCACAGACUUAGUAUAGUUAAGAGAAAAGUAUUAGUACUGGAUUUAGACGAAACGUUAAUUCACUCUCAUCACGAUGGAGUAGCAAGGCCAACUGUCAGGCCUGGUACACCUCCAGAUUUUGUUCUUAAAGUGACGAUAGACAGACAUCCUGUUAGAUUUUUCGUCCAUAAAAGACCACAUGUAGAUUUCUUCUUGGAUAUUGUUAGUCAGUGGUAUGAGCUAGUAGUCUUUACUGCAUCCAUGGAAAUAUAUGGGGCAGCGGUUGCAGAUAAACUAGAUAAUAACAGAGGUAUUUUAAGGCGCAGAUAUUAUAGACAACAUUGUACACCAGAAAUGGGUUCCUAUACCAAGGAUUUAUCAGCAAUCUGUUCAGAUCUCUCUUCAGUCUUUAUUCUUGAUAACAGCCCAGGAGCUUACAGAGCCUAUCCACACAACGCGAUACCCAUAAAGUCAUGGUUCAGCGAUGCGGGUGAUACCGCUUUGUUAAGCUUACUUCCAGUCUUGGACGCUCUUCGUUUCACGCAGGAUGUACGAUCCGUUCUUUCGAGGAAUUUACACUUACAUCAUACUUGGUAGCAAAGCCGAGAUUAAACGAUACACUAGAUAUUCUAGAGUUGAAACUACUAGCAGUUUCAAUUAGUGUGUCUAGCCUAGGAUUAUUAUUGUUAUUAAUUAAUUAGCAUCAUUAGGUCGCUGCCCGUAUAAUGAGAGACAAUGAGAAAGCCCCCUUCUUCAAUCUUUGUUUUUUUCUAUACUCGAAUGAACAGCGACGAGUAAAUACCGAAGGUAAAAUGGUAUUCAGUCAAUAAUUACAUCAGCACAAAACAUCCUAGGAUAAUUGUUUUGCGUUGUACAGUGUCCAUGUGUGCAAAAUUAUAUCAAAGCGAAUUUCUUUACUUUUUCUAUUAUAUAAGCGUUUGCCAAAGAUCAAGAUACGAAAAUAGAACCGCACUAGCCAGCAGGAUUUUUUUCAUUUUAGGUAAGAAUUAUACUUAAAAGUUUUUAUUUAUAUAUUUCGGCGGCACACCAUGGAAGAUAAAUUAUUGAAAUAAAGUACUUCUGUUAUUGUAUAUUAUUAACCUAGGAUGUAGAGAGAAAGAGAGAGCUCUAUACCUAAGUCAAAUGGAUUUUGCUGUAACUCACUGUAUCAGUGAGGAGGCAGCUAUCCUGGUUAUAUCUAAUAAAAAAAAAA